AUGUCUUCAUCGGAACUGCCACCGUCCGAAGUUCUACAACAUGUAGUCGAUGUCCACUGUCAUCCCACAGAUGCACCCUCGAUACUUCCCGAAUCAAUGGAGAAGUUAGAUAUAACAAUCUGUGCUAUGAGCUCAAACCCUUCAGAUCAGCCAUUAGUCUAUAAUUUAGCCAAAUCGCAUCCUCGGAAGGUGAUCCCUUGCUUUGGCUACCAUCCCUGGUUCUCUCAUCUCGUUUGUCUCCGUGGAGAUGUUUCCAAAGAGGAUCAUUAUCGAGACUUAUUCUGCGCAUCUAGUGCUGAAGAUCUCGAAGCCUUCAACGCUCUCUUGACAAGCCUUCCCUUGCCUAUUCCCCUUGACAAUCUCUUGGUCGACUUACGCCGGAACCUCCAAGAGUUUCCUCACGCUAUGCUGGGCGAAGUCGGUCUUGAUCGCGCGUUCCGUAUACCUUACGAUUAUAACGCGUCUCCCCGCAAGUUGUCCCCUUUCACGGUUCCAAUCCAGCAUCAGAUCACAAUCUUACAAGCACAAAUGGACCUCGCAGUCGAAUUGGGCAGAAAUAUCAGUCUACAUAGUGUGAAAGCACACCAACCCACAAUGGAACUGCUUGCUAACAUGGAAACCAAACACGGUGUAGAUCGUUGGAACAAAAUUAGCUUAGAUUUGCAUAGUUGUGGAUUCAAACCGGAGAUGUUGAAAGAUAUUCAGAGGCGUUACGCGAACACAUUCCUUUCAUUGUCUACUGUGAUAAACGGGCGGUCCCCUAAUCAUCUAUCAUUAAUCAAGGUCUGUGAUCCCCUUCGUAUCCUGGUGGAAUCCGAUUACAACGACGUGGAUAUGUGUACUGAACAAACGUGGGGCAUGAUUCGCACUACGGCCGAUGUCAAAGGUUGGACAAUUGAGACCGAGUGGAAUGAAAAUGAAAAUGAUUCCUCAAAAUGGGGAGUUGUUCGACGGUUGGAAAAAAAUUGGUUAAGGUUCAAGGCCGGGCACCAUUCUGCGAAGAAAAGGAAGUAA